CAGCUUCGAACCCAAGCCUUUCAAAUCGAUCCCACGCCACGACAACCUGUAAGACUUCGUAUAUUGAAUCAUUGAGAGCAUAAGCGGAAAUGCUUGCACUGCAACGACCCGGAAACUCUGGAGAUAAAUGUGUCGCCAACAUCCUCCCUUGCCGCAUCCAUCAUAAGGGCCCAACCAAGGUGACGAAGAGAUAUUGGUCGCCUCAAGUUGAGAGAGAUGGCACGGCGACGUCCUACUUUCGGGGUCGCCGUUUACGAGGCAAACCCUUGAAAGUACCUCUUGGGUAUCAAGGUGUCGUCGCAAAAACAACGGACCGAUUCCUCCCACAGCCUUGCAGAACGCAACUUGGCCCCACCUAUACCGUGGUGGAUGAAGACAUUGAGAUCGUUGAUGAUGCAGACGAAGACGAGCCUCCGGAACCGGUCAAGGUACUCGAGGAAUUGUCAACCUUCGAAGACGUUAUAGUCUGGGGUCAUGACGCGGUGCCGACAAACGAAGACAUCUUUGUGAAGGGCAUUGAAGAGUGGAUUGCCUUUGCCGAGGCGAUCCAUGGUACUCCCACGAAGCUUACCCGGCAGCGUAACACCGAGAAUGAAAAAGAAGAUGGUCGAGACGGAUGUACGACAACGCGUGUCUCGACUCCCUAGUCAUGAUGGACCUUUGAAUACUGUUGUUUGGCACUCGACCACUCGUUCUUCAAUCGAAUGUACUCCUCCGAACCGAUACACCGUCUCCAAUAACCCUUGAAGAUCUCGCUAGCCUCUUCUUUCUCUCUCCUCUUCCCAUCCACAUCUUCUUCAGUCCAUUUUGCCAACUGCUUCCCACCGGCACCAUAUUUGCGGCCUCCUUUAUGGUUGGCAUAUCGACGGGCGCGCGUCAUCCCCAUCUGGAUGAAUUUGCGAGUCAUGUCGGCGCCAACCAGAUCUCCGCGUUCCACGUACGAUUCGA